AAUGGACAGGACCGAACGGAGUUGAUCUACUGUGGCUAAUCCUAGUGGAUUCCGUCUGUGUGGCAAACGCCUAGGUAGGAGAAAGGAAUGACGGUCUUUACAGAGCAGGACAAAACUGAUAUGUUACCUGUAUUGUUCAUAACAGAAUGAAGAAAAUACCAAGACACACUCAAAUUAGAUGCAAGUCUUAAAAACAGAUUUUUAAAAACGGAUUUAACUCUUGGAUCAGAACGGAAAGAUUUCUAGUCGAACAGGACUGGAAAAUGAACAUGGAUGUCGGAGUAGCGAUGGAAUCUUUGUGUAGUUAAAUCCAUUUCUAUCUUCUUUCUGGCACUAAAACUGCGCCGGCCGAAGUUUGCUCUAUAUUCAACUAUCGAUUAUAGAUGAGUCGUCUAUGGAGGCGUGACGUGCCCCUGUCUGAUCGGCUAGGACUACCCCCUGGUCCCCGUCCCACCAUGCCUCCCCCGGGCCCAAACAUCUCCUGGUUCCCAGAGGCCCCCCUGCUGACCUCAGAACAACCCACCUUCCUGAUGACCCCCGCUGCCCAGGCCGUGUCAGGCUUCUUCGUCUGGACCGCACUACUCUUCACCUGCCACCAGAUCUACAUGCACCUGCGGUACUACAGUUCUCCUAAUGAGCAGAGACAUAUCGUGCGGAUCCUCUUCAUUGUGCCCAUCUAUGCCUUUGACUCCUGGCUCAGCCUCCUCUUCUUCACUAACGAGGAGUACUAUGUCUACUUUGACACCGUCAGGGACUGCUAUGAGGCGUUUGUCAUCUAUAACUUCCUCAGCCUGUGUUAUGAGUACCUGGGAGGAGAGAGCGUCAUCAUGGCUGAGAUCAGAGGAAAACCUAUUCAGUCCAGUUGUAUUUACGGUACAUGCUGUCUCUGGGGGAAGAGUUACUCCAUUGGGUUCCUGCGGUUCUGUAAGCAGGCCACGCUACAGUUCUGUGUGGUCAAACCCCUCAUGGCCAUGGUCACAGUCAUCCUACAGGCCUUUGGAAAGUACCGUGAUGGAGACUUCAAUGUGAACAGUGGGUACCUGUAUGUGUCCAUCGUCUACAACAUCUCAGUCAGCCUGUCUCUCUACGCCCUCUUCCUCUUCUAUUUCUCCACCCGGGACCUGCUCAGCCCCUACAGCCCCCUGCUCAAGUUCUUCAUGGUCAAAUCUGUCAUCUUCCUCUCCUUCUGGCAGGGCAUGUUGCUGGCCAUCCUAGAGAAGUGUGGGGCCAUCCCCAAAAUCAACUCACCCGAGAUGUCAGUGGGAGAGGGAACGGUUGCUGCCGGUUACCAGAACUUCAUCGUCUGCAUCGAGAUGUUCUUUGCCUCCCUGGCCCUGCGUCAUGCAUUCACAUACAGGAUCUAUAUGGACAAGAGGCUGGACUCUCAGGGCCCAGUUCCUAUGUAUGGAGAGUCUGGCCGCUGUGCCCCAAUGAAGAGCAUCUCCAGCAGCCUGAAGGAGACGAUGAACCCUGGAGACAUGGUCCAGGAUGCUAUCCAUAACUUCUCCCCGGCCUACCAGCAGUACACCCAGCAGUCCACCCUGGAACAGGGUCACUCUGCCCCGCCUGUUUCCCGCACCAUCAGCACCAUCAGCACCCGCGAUAACGAGAAGACCCUGCUGCUUAGCUCGGAUGACGAGUUCUAAGUUAACACACACCAGCCCCAGCCAAUCACCUCUUUACUGACUGUUGGGGUGAGGUACUACCUCCUGGUCUUGUGGAGUAUCGGUAGGGGAUUUAAAGUGUGUUGUUUGGGGUUGGCAUCAACCUCAAUACAGGGAUACAGGACCAUAUCACUUAGCCUGGUCCAUUCAAUAUCCUCUACUACACACAAUUCAGGCCUUUACAGGAACUCUUCUCUUGGUAGAAUAUACACUUAUUGCGAACAUGAUGUUAUGGUUGAAACCAUUGUCUAGAAAAACUUCAAUGGUUGGUUAUAUAGGACUUAUAGGGAUUUUCUGAGAGAAUUAUACUUCACUUAUUAGAGAGACAUUUAUGGUUUGAAUAAAAGUGAUUUUAUCAUUACAAAAUGUGUCUGCUAGCUAACAUCCAAUGACGAUGAUGUCCCAUACUAUAUUUAUAUUAAAGUACUUCGGCUAUGGAUGGCAUGUUAUUUGUCAUUUUGGUUUAAAAUGUUCCGUUUUAAGACCAUUCCCCAUGGUGACAAUUUUUAAAGUUGAUUUUAAAGGGAUGGUGUUUAGGGGAGAACCAGCUGUGUGGACUGGAGUAUGGGACAGGGGCAGAUGAGAGAGGGGGAUGGAAAGAGGAUGGAAGGGAAGGGAGGGAUAAUGGUUGGUUUGACAGCACUUGAUCGGAUUCCAGAUGAAGAGGACUGCUCCAGUGUUUAGUGGCUGUAGCAUGCAGACCAGCAGGGUGAGGGCAGAUGAGCAGUGUGGUAGUCUGGAUUAUACUGUUGUAAUUAGGGCAUUAUUUGUAUGGUGAGGAUUAGGCCUUCAUCCAGCGAGGCUCACUCUGUCACCAGACCUCUGCUGGCCUCUAAUGUAGGUUAAAGUCAUGUAGGGUAAACACCUUAGUGAAACCGAUCGGUGUGAUCAGACAACGCAAGAAGUUAAGAAGUAAAGUUAGAUGUCAUGCUACAUGGUUAUGAUGUAGGACAUUUUUAUAUACUUACAAUUCCAAUUAGACAAACACUGCACAAUUUCAGACAAAUAAAGUGUAACUCGAUACAAUAAAAUAUUCAGCUUUGUAAUGAAGUGUGGGUCAGUUUUAGACUCACUUUUAGUGUCGUAUACAUGUUUUCAUAACACAAGUGAAUGUUCAGUGCUUACGGAGAAAAUAUAUUGCGUUAUCCAUAGUUUCGAUUUUAGUUUAUUGUAGACAGUAGGGGCACAACUUUGAUUUGAGAUGUGGGAGGGGGGGACAUAUAUAUUUUUUCAGUCAGAUAAACACUCCAAACUGCCUACCCGACCGCUCAGAGCCGUCCGCAUGGUCCUAAAGCACAAUGACUUUUAGAUAAAAAAAUAAAUCACAAACCAAUGAUAAAACGGGGGGACAAAUACAAUUUCAGAAUAUGGGGGAGAUGUCUCCCUGUCCCCGGUAAAAGUUGUGCCCCUGGUAGUGAGUAAUACGGGACUGGCUGCCAUUAUACAGUAAAGACACGUUGAGUCCAUGCUCAAACCUGCAACCAGAGCGCAGCAGGGAGACUAUUAUAUUUGGUCACUUGACACAGACAGACACACACACAAAUCUAUCAAACACAGACUGAUCAUGAUAACACGUUAUGCUUGCAGCCUACACAUUCUGUCUGCUCAUGAAAGGAAUGCCGUGUCGUGGAGUGCCAGCCUCCGUCUAUCCUGACCUCUCAAUUUUUGCUGUGUGUGAAUGUGUGAUAGCUCGGCCCAAUAUGCAUAGGAAAGCCAGGGUCCAGAGAGGCUAUUGUCUGUUGGAUGGGUCAAUAUUUCCCAUUAAGCAGGGGUGGAAAAAGUACCCAAUUGUCAUACUUGAGUAAAAGUAAAUAUACCUUAAAAGAAAAUGACUCAAGUAAAAGUGAAAGUCUCCCAGUAAAAUCAUUUUUGAGUAAAAGUUUUAAAGUAUUUGGUUUUAAGUAUUCUUAAGUAUCAAAAGUAAAGGUAAUCGCUAAAAUAUACUUUUAUACUAAAAGUAUAAAUCAUUUAACAUUGCUAAUAUUAAGCAGCCCAGAUGGCACGAUUUUCUUGUUUUUUAUUUAUUUACGGAUAGCCAGGGGCACACUCCAACCAGUCAGACUAAUUUAUAAACUAAGCAUUUGUACUGCCAGAUCAGAGGCAGUAGGGAUGACCAGGGAUGUUCCCUUGAUAAGUGCAUGAAUUAGACAAUUUUUCCUGUCCUGCUAAGCAUUCUAAUGUAAUGAGUACUUUUGGGUGUCAGGGAAAAUGUAAGGAGUAAAAAGUACAUUAUUUUCUUUAGGAAUGUAGUGAAGUCAAAGUAAAAGUUGUCAAAAAUAUAAAUAGUAAAGUAAAGUGCAGAUACCCCAAAAAACGACUUAAGUAGUACUUUAAAGUAUUUUUACUUUAAGUACUUUACACCACUGCCAUUAAGGUAUGGUCAGAAUGUCUGCUUUAAUUAUAAUGUGGAGGCCAGUGUGUAGCAUGUUAUGGAACUAAAGUAGGCCUUGAGAGGAAAGGCCAGAGAGCUUAUUAUGUCUCCUGUAGCAUUCAGUUGAGUCCUCUAACACGUCGAAUAUAGUAUGAUGUCUCCUGUAGCAUUCAGUUGAGUCCUCUAACACGUCGAAUAUAGUAUGAUGUCUCCUGUAGCAUUCAGUUGAGUCCUCUAACACGUCGAAUAUAGUAUGAUGUCUCCUGUAGCAUUCAGUUGAGUCCUCUAACACGUCGAAUAUAGUAUGAUGUCUCCUGUAGCAUUCAGUUGAGUCCUCUAACACGUCGAAUAUAGUAUGAUGUCUCCUGUAGCAUUCAGUUGAGUCCUCUAACACGUCGAAUAUAGUAUGAUGUCUCCUGUAGCAUUCAGUUGAGUCCUCUAACACGUUGAAAAUAUUAUGAUGAUUUGGACUCAUCCCCAAACAUUUAGAGUUUCUGGUACAGAGAGAAUCACACCACAAGACCAUUUCAUUCUCCAUUUUAUAUGUUUCUGAUAUCUCUCUCUGCGCUCUCUCUCUUUAUCUAGGCCUGCAUUUUAUUAACCAGAUGUAGAAGACUCAAGAUGUCGCUCUAUAAACUCUUCUUUUGACUAGUUUUCUGUAUUAAGUCAUAAAGCUGCUGAUAUUAUGCUUCUGUUUUUCAUCUAAAUAAUAUUCAGAGAAAAAACAUAUUAGGCCAAGAGAAAAUAAAGAUAUUUAGAUUUGUUUUAAA